AUGCGAGAUUUGACUAACCUUCAAGAAGCUGCCCAAGUAACCGAGGCUUGGGAAGAUUAUGUUCGAGUCAAAUAUACGGAAAAGGUCAAGAAAGACAAUAGCCAAUUUCGAGAUUACGAGCAUGCACCGACUGUGGUUAUUUCGUUUUAUAAAGAGAACCACGCCAAGCAAUCAUUGAGUCACGUACUAAGUCAAAAGGAGAAAUACGGUCGAUUGGAUAAAGCAAGGAUGGGGAUAUGGGAGGCUUUGGAAGUGCUGGAUACGUUGGUGGAUGAAUCGGAUCCAGAUACUCAGAUGACUCAAAUUAUGCACGCCCUUCAGUCAGCCGAGGCCGCACGACGAGAUGGUCAGCCUCGCUGGAUGAUACUGUGUGCUUUGAUUCAUGAUCUGGGCAAAUACCUCUAUUUCCUGGGAGAACCUCAAUGGACGGUGGUGGGCGACACUUAUCCCGUAGGUUGUCGAUUUUCAUCCAAGAUCGUGUACCCCAGGUUCUUCACAGCGAAUCCGGACUAUGGUCACAAGGUCUAUUCUACACAGUUUGGCAUCUAUACGCCUCACUGUGGCCUCCAAAAUGUUCAUCUCAGCUAUGGUCACGACGAAUAUUUAUACCAAGUGUGCAAGGACUAUCUUCCACAGGAAGCGUUAUACAUUAUCCGAUAUCAUUCUUUCUAUUCGUGUCAUCAAGAGGGUGAAUAUACAUGGCUCAUGGAUGACCAAGAUUUGCAAAUGAUGAAAUGGGUUAAAAUAUUCAACCAGUACGACUUGUACUCAAAAGACGAAAUCGAACCUGACGUUAACGCGCUGAAACCAUUUUAUCAGAAGCUCAUUUCCGAAUACUUUCCUGCCGAAAUUUGUUGGUAG